CAUCGCUUCGGCCUCAAGACCAUCAGCGACCAUUUUUCUUGUUUUGGUGCAGUCUUUCACCCGUUACUCGCUCCUAGCGUUCCUUUCGUGUCAACAUGACGCAUAUACUCCGUUCCUUCAACGUUUUCCGGAAAUCGCACGAUUACGCACCACUCAGCCCUCUUCCUCCUAUUGCACGCCCACGCAUAGGUGUCAAGAUCGCCAUAGCAAUAUGCAUCAUCAUCACGCUUGCAGUGACCAUAAACUCUGUUGAGCCGGGCGAGAGGGGGAGAGAAUUUGGGAGACUGAAGUCUGCUCCGCCGUCCGCAGAUGAUCCGAUACCCAGCAUCGUCCAUUAUGUAUACAUCAAAAAGGAUGUCGAAUCGGUCAUACAAUUCCCGUUUGCAAGCUUCCUCACCCUGUUUGCAUCGGUGAUGUACAUAAAGCCGACGCAAAUCUACAUACACACCGACUUCAACGAGACUGAGAUUAGGAACGCCAGCCUCAGUGGCGAUCGAUGGACACGCGCGGUUAUCAACACUUUCCCAGACAUUCUAAGAUGGAACGAAGUCUCAGUCCCAAACUUUGCUGGACCCAACGAGAACCAACGCAUCAAUACAAUUCAGCACAAGUCUGACUUCAUCCGGUGGGACACGAUCGCGAAGAUUGGUGGAAUCUAUCUGGAUUGGGAUGUCGUGCCCCUGCGACCCCUGACACCACUUCUCAACGCCGGGUUUGCUUUUGUUGGUGGCCGCCAAUACGGUGGAGCGAACGAGGACGGCUCAGUGAACGGCACAAUCAACAACGGCGCCUUCUUGACGAAGCCGAACAGCACAAUGGCUCGCAUUAUCGUGCGUGAGCAACACGCCGGGUUCAACGGCGCCUGGGCUUCGAACUUGCACAGCAUGACUAUCGUUGCUGAACACCUUGUCACUAUUCCGAACGAAGUCCUUAUUCUCGACCGUAAUUCCUUCGCGCCUACUCACUGGUUCCCAGACUCAGCCUUGGGCACUGACGCGCUAUUUAAACCCAACCCCGGCCACCCAUCCCCCAAACCACUAUUUACAAACACCACAAAUCCGAUGGAGUUAUAUGAAAACCUCGUACUAAACAGGAGGAGACGCGCCGAGUGGGAAAUGGACUUUUCCGCCACUUAUUUGCUGCAUGGCUUCUCAAUGAGCCACUAUCUCGAUUUCAUUAACCCAAAAACCAUAUUGAGCAGGACGAGCAAUCUUGGUGUUGCUACGUACGACGUGGUGAAGAAGAUGAAGUCGGACGGACUUAUCAGCGGCAACGAAGACGGCAAGGAGCCGUUGGAGUUCCCUGAUGAGCUAAACAAGGAUGACACAUUGAGUCCUACAUCAUCUUCGCAAGAUAACGCAACAGAGGAUGUUCACCAUGUAGAAAACAAGGACAUCGCCACAUAGACUGCGAUUCCUAGGCCUGGCGCAUUUAGGGUUCACAUUGGAUGGAGGCAGGGCACCGGAGUUACAGGAGUCGGCUCAUAG